UGCGCAUUGGGUUACUUCUCUAAUAUUAGAAAUGAAACUGCUGCUGUUUAGUGAGCAGUUUCCUUCAUGUUGCCAAUGACACAAGAACCCAAGACCAAACCAGAAUCUUGAAGCCACUUGCCAGACACGGUGAUAAGAAGAAAAGACGAAGAACACCUACAACAACAAGUAAAAGUAUAAGAAGACAACGACAACAAAGAAGAUGAAGUAGAACAAGAAGUUUUAAAUGGAUGUCAGUCCACCAGGUCCAUAAAGACAAAAAGGUUUGGUGUGGAUGAACUUGACUGACCUGAACAGAGUCCUUACCUCAACCCAAUAAAACACUUCUAGGAUGAAUUGGAGUGGAGAUUGCGAGCCAGGCCUUCUCAUCCAUGUGUGAUCAGAAAGAAUGGUGGAUAAAAAAAAAGGCCAUUAACUCAAACCUGCACAUUGUGCUAAGUUUUUUUCAGCAUAGUUAGGGCUGUUUUAGCUACAAAUGAUGGGUGGACAUCAUGGUAAGACCAAUGGAUUAAGAAUGGGAGUCAUAUAAACAAGCUAAUAUCCAACAGGAUUUUUUUUUUCAGAACCUCACUGCUCUCGAGGAGAUCUGCAUGGAGGAAUGGACCUGACACCUAUGAGUUAAUCGAAGCAUUUGUGUCCCAGCUCAUUCCGGCAUCAUCCAAUAAGUGAUCAAAUUAUCUUUGAUGGUUGUUGGAACUGUGUUGCAGUGAAACUAACGAAAAAGGCAAGCUACACUGUGCCACAGCGUCUGAAGCCACAAGAGUGCAGAAAGAAGGUAAACAUGAAACUGUACGUUGUCACUGGUCACUUUUAUGUCAUCCUUCUUGCUACAUUAUAGGAAGCUGGAUUUUUUUUUUGUUUUUGUCAUUUCAUCAGGGAAAUUAUAAAUCAAUUAUUAUUAACCCAAUCGAACAAGUGAAUUAAUUAUGACUGAUUCACGCACAGCACUACUAAUAGCUCAGAAAAAUGCACAGUAUGGCCUCUUUAAAUACAGAGUCCAAGUGAGUACUUUUCCAUUGUAAUUUACAAAAGUACAUCAGACAUGAAAACACCGACUGAGGAAAUAAGUCAUUUCCAGUUGUGGUGUUUUUUUGGGUGUGUUUUAAAGUGUUAAUUAUAAGUGGAAGAGAUGUAGAAUUUAAAUCACACGUGACCUGACGACAACUCAAUUUAUUUGGAACUCAUCAAGCAUGUGCUCGUUUAGUUGUCGCAUGAAUCGAGUCUCAGAAUGAGUUCAGCCUCCAGCUGUUGCCUCACCGGCUGUGGCUGCAGUAACACGCACGCAAGCGCGCACGCAAGCGCGCACACUAGCACGCACGGACACGCACACGGAGCAGGUUUUAGUGGACUUUGUGCCGUGAGAAUACACGUGAGUGGGAAGCCGUUCCCUCGCUGAGUCGCGCGUGCGCUCUUGUUGGCCACAGCGGCAGACGGAAGGCGGCUUUGGGAAGUGGCCGCGGCAGGCAGGGAGGGAGGGAGGGAGCGGGUGCUGGAGGGGGGCGGCGAGACACAUCAGCCGCGGACGGAGAAGUGGAGGUAUCAGUGUUAGGCGGCGCAGCUCCAAGCAGAGGACACGCACACCGUGUGCACCAUCAGCCGCGUGCUUUGAGGAAUAACAAACAUUUGUGGGCAAGAAAAGCUGCAGGAGACACCUGAUGGAUGAAAGAAUAGCACAUUUGCAGGAAAGACACUUCAUGGAGCGCGCAGACUUUCUGGGGGUGGACUACCCCUCUCUGUACAUGUGCAAAUCCAAAAGGGGAAUAAAACGGGAAGAUGGUGGCAAGGACGCUUACAAGUUACCACACCGUUUGAUAGAGAAAAAGAGGAGGGACCGAAUCAAUGAAUGUAUCGGUCAACUGAAGGAUCUGCUGCCCGAGCAUUUGAAGCUGUCGACGCUGGGCCAUUUGGAGAAGGCGGUUGUCCUGGAAUUAACCCUGAAACAUUUAAACGCAUUGACUGCAGUCACGGAGCAGCAGCACCAGAAGAUCAUUGCUUUGCAAAACGGGGACCGGUCAAUGAAGUCGUCCAUUCACACCGAUGCAGAAGCUUUCCACUCUGGUUUUCAAACGUGCGCCAAGGAAGUCCUCCAGUACCUGAGUCAGUUUGAGAACUGGACAGCGCACGAACAGAGCGGUGCCCAGCUGGUCCAGCACCUCCACAAGGCCCUGGCCAGGGUUCAAUCCAGCACGCUCUUCCCCCCGCAGCAGCAGCAGCUCCCCGUCGGCGUCACACCGGAUGGGCACAAAGCCGACAACCAGGCCAACUGCGUCCCGGUCAUUCAGAGGACCCAAGGCGGGGAUCUGACAGAGAAUGACACGGACACGGACAGUGGCUACGGGGGUGAGGGGGGCAAGGACAAAGAGUGUGAGCACGGCAACACCUUGCAGGCAGCCAAAGGUGUGAAAAUCAAGCAGGAGUUUGGAGACGAUCGCCCGGCCAAGAAACCAAAGAUGAACUGGUCCGCAAAUGGCUCGGGGGCUGCUGAUAUGGCGUUGAUGAACUCGCUGAUGGGACUAACCGGAGUGGGACAGCAGACACCAAUUUGCAUGCCUUUCUACUUCAUCAACCCAUCAGCCGCUGCCUCGUACAUGCCUCUUUUUGAUAAAAGCAACAUGGAAAAGGGCAUGUACCCAGCGGCGGCCCUGGCCUCCCCCUUCCCGUGGCUGUACCCUGCACAAGCAUCCGCAGCUGCGGCCGUAGCGGCCGCUGCGGCCUUCCCGAGCUUGUCGGCGCAAUUAGGCGCUUCAUCUCCGUGCGAGGACCCCCAAAUCGACGGCAACACCCACGAGCCUGAGAUGAGCUCACCCGAGGACCGUGACGAAUGUCCCACGAGUGACGAAGGUGACGACGAUGAAGAGAGUGGGAUUCACCGGCCACGUGACCAGUCGCCAGUCUGUCAAACCAGUUAACUUGUCUGGAUUAGAUCGCCUUCAUCUUGGAGGCCAUACACUCUCAUAUCAGAUGCAUUUGUUGUGUGAAUGCUGAGAGUCAAGCACCCCUCGCUUAAUAGAUAAUAAUAUUAUAUUUAUUAUUAUUACAGUUUGCAUGUUCUUCUGAGAUCUCGGUCUUUUCACGCAUUGCAAAAACACGCACAAAAACCCUAGAGACUAAACACAAGUGAGUCAAGAUUUGUCACGUCACUCAUACUUCUUUCCAUCUAACCAGAACUUUGGCGCCAUCUUGUGGUUUUGCACGCAAAAUAUACGAAUAGUUGACCCCCACCCCACAUCCUCCUCCCAGUUGAUGGCAAAUGUUAGGUUUUACUGUGGAUAGGAAACCAACUUAAUAUUUCAAUGGAUGCUUGUUUUUCUCUAUUUGCCCAAUGAUUGCUGGCGACGGACCCGCGUCUACUCCGUCUCUCUAAAUUAACUGACAUACACACUGAAGCUCACCUGUGACCCUAAUGAAAAUAAUGGAACUAUUAUUAUUCUAUAGCCAUUAAAUGUGACACUUAUUCAGAAUGGAAGUCCAAUUGUUUCCCCCUGGAAGGUUUUUUACUGAGAAACAAAGAUCAUCACACUUAGUCGUCAGCCGCACACAAAGUGACAAGGCUUAACACAUUGGGAACUGAACCAGAUUCUGAUUUUGAAUGUCACACAGUCCAAAUCAAAAAUUCCACCUCGCAUCUCAAGAUUUUGCAACAAAAAUAUCAUUUUUAGAUAUGACGAUACAAAUAUGUGUAUCUUGUUUUACAAUCCUACUUUAUAUUAAUAAUUGGAAAUGUACCUGUGGCUAAAAACCAAAGCACGACAAGUCUGUUGCCGCAAUACACCUGUCGUCAAUGAAUGAGGCGAUCAUUGCCAAAAAUCACUCAAAUAUUCACGCUGAUUUUUUAAUUUCUUGUCCAUUUCCUCUUCCUGAUUCACAGUAAUCAGUUUUCUCGUUGACAAUCACGCCAUGUUGUUUAAAAAAAAAAAAAAAAAAAGCCACUUCGAUAAGAACACCAGGGAUUGCAGUUGACCCAUUGCUGCUCGCUGGUUAGGUGCACAAAGGUCAAGCGCCUAGUGUGGGGGCCAGUCAUAGUCAAAGAGCCCAGUCAUAUUGCUCUGAUGUCAUCCCAUAAGGGGCAUGCUUGCACAGUAUGUUACACUGUGUUGCAUUACUAGUUGCCAAAUGUCGUUGCAUCUCUCAGCAUUCACACAAUUUGUAAGGUAACGGCAAUUUCUGAGGAUGUAAUCGAGUAUCAAUGAUGUGGGUCUAUGGAGUAGAUUUUUGUGUAUUAUAGCUACCUUGAUGGAACACCUCUGACUGUGUGCCUUUUGCACUUACGCUAGAUUAAUUAAUCUGAAUGCUCAUCGACAAUGAUUGGCAAAACUGUUGUGUUGCACUGCAGUUAGUUUUGUAACCGCUUUGAUAAAAUAUUCUCAAAUGGCAGCAUUGAUGUCAAAUUUUGAGCACUACAAAUGCAAGUGCGCAAUAUCCCAGCUUAUCUCUUUGGAUGUAAGACGUUGCGAAGGACGUCUGACAAGGUUUGGAACAUCUCGCUGCAUCUGCUCAGACUGUAAAUAUUCAAACCCGGUUGAGAGUCGGGGAAGUCAUGAUGUAAAUGUGCACUAGAUGGCCUAGAUGGCCACAAUACCUCACUCCCAGCUUUUUGCGCGGGGUACUCUGAGAGACAUUACGGUUCCUCUUAAAACAAAUAUUGGAUACACAAAAAAACUCACACAAUCGCCAUAUAAAAAUCAAUCAAAGUGAAUGACAGUUAUAUAUUUUUUUCCAGAGUCAGUCAUGAGUAGGCUCAUUCAAGUCCUCAAUUGCGGCACUGGAGAAACCUUUCCCUCCACAGCGAGCCGCAUAGCCAGCGUAUUGUAGGUUCCCCAACUGAGGCGUUUCUGCAUUGAGAUGCAGUGAGGCUCUUUACCUCCAGGAAGCAAUGUAGGAUAGCACCUUAUAGAUCUUUGAUAUUGAAUGUACCUGUAUUUUCCAAGCUGUUAACAUUUGUAAGUAGGAACAGCGUUUCUCUUUGAGAUGUAAAGUGCACUUUUUUUCUGCUUUUACCUCCAAAUCCCAAAAAGUCAUGAAAAGCCAAUAAGUAAUUGACCUUUUGUGUUGUUGUCUUGAAUCAAACAUAUGAUUUCAAGACAAACCGGGAUCGGACGUCAUAUUCGCAAUGGAGUGGGAACUCUUGUCAUCUGCCCAAUUUAGCUAUUAGACUUUUUGAUCAUAUAUUGACCCCCACUACAAUACGCUUCUGUUAUACUGUUAUGUAAAAUGUUUUUUAAUGAAAAAAAAAAAAAGCUGUGUUCACAUGACUGUCAUUUGAGAGCAAUUCCUGCAACUUAAGUGACAUUAAGCGUUUUAAGAAAGUUUCUCAUGUGAUUUACUUUGUAUUUUGCAAACAUGUUGCUUUUGUAGUUUUCUUCAGCCUGGCUAGCCUCAAAUUGGUCAUCAACUGUUAUAGAAAGUGGCAUGUAUUUGUGAAUGUACUAUAAAAUGUCUGUCAAUGAUGUAGAUGUCUAUUUUUUUUUUUUUUUUUAAGAUAAAAAUAUUUCCCUGAGCAGGUGUUGCACAUUUUGUUGCUUUUCACAUUAUGCUGUUAUAAAUUAUUGCUGAUGAAUUGAAAAAUAAAUAUAAACACUCAA